UGAGGCGGUAAAAAAUUGAAAAUGGCAGCUCCGCGGGCUGUGCUUUAGAGUUUCGGAUUUACAGCGUUUUGUAAAGAGCAAGUUUUAGCUCGUAACUGGCUGUGGAUUUAUUUCUCUUCUCUGUGAGGACUUGCAGCUUUGUAGCUAUGAAUUCUAUGGAGACCAGGUUUGCCCACCUGUUACAGCCCAUCCGCGACCUUACAAAAAACUGGGAUGUUGAUCUAGCCACCCAGCUUGGGGAAUACCUUGAAGAGCUGGACCAAAUGACCAUCUCAUUUGAUGGAGGCAAGACAAUGAUGAACUUUGCUGAAGCAGCAUUGUUAAUUCAGGGCUCUACAUGCAUCUAUGGCAGAAAGGUUGAACUACUUCACAGUUUGGUGUUUCAGACUUUAGACUGCAUCUCAAACAAAAACCGCAGACGUGACAAGCAAAGCUCUGCAGAUGGCGUAACUGGUGGUGCCGCCGCAGACAAUGAUAUGGAUGACUGUGAGUUUGAUGUGGUGGAAGAGGAGCCCAGUACUCAAAGUGUGGUGAUGAAAAGUGAUCCAGCUGAACCAGUGAAGAUUGUUCGUCUCCCUCCUGAGUCCCUGAUUCCUGCAGAGGCACAUGAGAAGCAAAUUUAUCCACUCCUCAGUUGUAAGGGAGAGGUUCUUGGCAGCUGUAAAGAUUUUCGGAUCAAUAACUUCACCCAGGACAAGUUGGGAAUCAUGCGACUGGGUCUUGGUUCCUCUUGUGUUCAGUUCCACAGAGAGGCUUCAGGGCAGGGAAAGGCAGAAGUUGUUGGUGCUGUUGCUCAUUAUGAGAAUGAUGAUGAUGGUGAGGAGCUUGCUCAUCAGAUAGACAGUGGUAUGGAGGUGGAACCAGAGCAUGUUGAGAGACAUCAGGCCUCCAGUGUGAACAGGAUGCUGCGUGAGAGGCCUACAGUGCAGCCAGUUGCUGAGGAGCCCAAGCAGCUACAGGAAACCGUGGAUCCUUGGAAAUGGCAUGACCCAUAUGUACACACAGGAGAAGAUAAGCCCCUAAAAAUAGGGAAGUGCUACAAUGUGCCUGCUGGCCUAGAGGAAUCGGGCAAAAGGAAAAGGAAAAGCAACUCAAAAAUCCAGGACUUCUGGGGUUGGUGCACAAGUGCUUUUGAGAGCAUGGACCGCAAGCUUAAGAAUGGACCUUUUUAUCCUGAAUUUAACUACAUCUACCUGGAGAAGAUGAAUCAGCGACUUAAAUUGCGGAAGAAGGUUCUAAGAAAAACGGGUGUGUACAUAUCUGAUGAUGUACUGAGAAGAACUUACUUGGAGCCAGAGAAUCAAGAGGACAAAGAUGAGGUGGUCCGACAUCCAGACUUGGAUGGUGAUGACUUCUCAGAUCAUGAAAAUGAGAAUUUGGUUGAUCAUGCACCUGGAGACAUUAAUGAACAUGACCCAGUUUUCAGUGGUAAUGUAUACAGAUUCGACCUAGUUCUCAUAAGCAUAAAUGCAUGUUCUGUCGUACUACGAAAUGUUCAUCUUUCCUCUUUGUUCCCAGACUCGCAGAUGGGCCGGAUUAGUUAUGAGGACUUGGUCAAAAAGAGUGUGGAGUUGUUCCUUGCCAACUCUCAGAAGUAUGCUCAGGAGACAGCUCUGUCUCGCAGGGUAAAGGCGUGGGAGGACGAGAUCAACCCUCGGCUCUUGGCUCAGGAGGAGCGUGUGGUUUUUGACAUUCAUGACUAUGGGGACCAGAUUGUCCAUGCACUUGGUGCUGUUGGGAUGAGGCGCUCGUUUGCAUCACUUGUCAAAGGCAUGGAAAACACAGAAGCCUGUAGAUACAUGCUGGCUUCUCUUCAGCUGGCCAAUGACUACACCGUAGAGAUCGAUAAGAGCCCUGGACUUGAUGAGAGCAUUGACACACUUCACCUGACGUUACUGACCAAGCAGAGGGCACACGAUCACCUCAAAACCUUCAGCGCCCCCCUGGAGUAUGACCACCCUUGACCUUUCACAAGUCUUCAUCUUGGAACAGUGCCUGUAUAGGAUUACAGUAACACUGAAAAAGGACAUUUAUACACAUCGUCUGGGACAGACAAGCAAUUCCAUUUGGUCCUUUUGUAUAAAUUUAUUCAAUUUAUAACUAUAAAGUGCAUACCAAUUUAAGAUUUUUUUUUUUUUUUUUUUACGUCAAGCUUCAGUGCAGUUUUGAGGAAAUAUAGUCCUUUGUACAUGAGAUGUUCUUCAUUGUGCAUGUUUGUACUAUUUUUAUGUCAUUUAAUGGCUCUUGUAUAUUACUAUAUUUUUAUGCUUUAGCGCACCUG